AUGUACAUUUGUAAUGCACUAGUCAUAAGGUUGCUGAAAAUUCGUCGACAGUCCACGACCGGUUUCGCCCUUUUUGGGGCUCAUCAGGUAGCGAGAAAAGCAGGCAUCUACCGUUUUCCUUUACAAAGCAGAUCGAUACUAAUGGUUGCUUCACUAAGGGAUGGUAACGGACUGAUCCAAUUCUGGAAGAGUGCACUGUCACAAUCAUCAGUAUCGACAGCAUGA